AUAACUACUCUUUUGUACUGACAAUAUCAAACUUGGACAGCCGUAGAGCGCUUUGCAAGUAGCCUUUGUUCGACGCCACAUUCACGGAGCAAAUCUGGUGUGACGAGACUUGGUUGCCAUGUGCCGUUUGCCAAAGGCAUGGUAAACUUCAACAAGCUGGAUCUGCUUGUAAAGCCGGGUCUCAAGCGAGGAACAGCUGCAUAGUGAGACAGCUUCCUGCGUCCUGUAUCCAAGAGCGUGAAAGAGGCGUUGUGACCGUGGCACGUUCCUCCUUCUUCAAACAGUUUGAAGGGUGUACUGGUAGCUUCCAGGGAAUGAUUAAUCGAAUACAAGGUGAGUUCUCAACGAGACUGCAUCAGGACUUUUGGAAGACUCGACUCGUUGUCACUGUGCGUCGAAGCCUGAGAAGCCUGGUUGUGAUCAACAUCAGUCCAGCACUAAACUUGCCUGCGCAAAUCCUAGCCAGCAAGCAUGGAUAAUGUUACCUACGCCAUACUGUCACACCAGUAGCUACAAUUGUGGCGCAAUCAUUACGGGCACCGUGUUUCUACCAGCAGAUCUUCCCUGGGUAAAGAGACCCGACGGCGCUCGGGAAUCGAAACAUUUAUUUAUUUAUAUACUUCUUGACUCGGAGCUCUUGCGCAGCAUGGAUCCUGGAUCUUGCCCAGCGAGCAAUCACAGCGGUAUCGCAGCUCGAUAGCUGCUAUGGGUGAAUUGCUUGUAACAUAAAAUCAAGACAGUAAAAGGUCGAAAGCCAUAGUCCAAGAUGAAAGUUGAAACACCCUUUUUCGGAUUGCUUGCCGUUGCCUCUUCGUUUGUGGUGGCAACUGCAAAGGGAACAAAACAGCUCAGAUCCAACAGACAACUUACUUCAUAUUAUGAUCAAAUCAACCACGGCUCUGUUCAGACGUUGUCUGUUGCUGGCCAUGGCUUUUUGCAAGAAGAGCUCGGAUACACCAAUUUGGGUCCAAUGGGGACUCUCACCUUUACCGAAACAAAGAAUGACGGUCGCCUUGGAUGGACCUUUCUUCAUUUCCCUUCAGUAUGUGACACUUGCUUCGUUCUCCAGAACUACAGAACGCAUCGAGUCAUGACGCUCGACGACCGCGACAGGCUGGCAGUACGCCGAAUCCCUUCCUCCGGGGUAUUCGCUCAGGAUAUCUUUCGAAUCCAGCGAACUAUUAAUAACCAAGAUGCAUACCGGUACAGUAUCCAGAGCCACAGCAAGCCCUUCCUCUUCCUCACGGUGGAAACCGAAAAUGAACAGCCAGCUCUCAGGUUGCUUCCUCCCCGUUUAUCUCCCAGAGAGUGGACCAUUCGAGAAGAUUUCUUUCAAUCUCAUGAUACGUGCCACGAAGCAUUGGACAUCUCAGUAGGGGACAGCAUCGUGGCGACCACCGUUGGUGCAACCCCCGACGAGGAUCUGUUUCGGCUUGGCUUCGGCUUUAACGAUGGGCCGGGGGUGUGGUUCAAGUUUAUCGGUACUGGAGGGCUCAUUCAUAUCUACACCAGCUGCCCUGAGAACUGGGACAAUCUGAUCAAGGUCUUUACAGCCGAGUCCUGCGAUGAAUAUGGAGAGGAAGUGGGGGGACAAGGGUACACCUGCAACGCUUCCCUCCAGCCAAUCCAGACAACCGCUGGAAUGGAGUACUACAUUUUGAUGAGUGGGAUUGACACCUCGCAAGACGGCAACUUUGAGUUAUCCAUUACAGAAGAUAUUGAUCCAGCUCGCCAUUGCAAUCUCCAACAAUUUCCUGGAGCUUCCUGCCAGUCCGGUUCUUGCCGAAAAUUUGAACGAACUUGCAAGGUACCAGACAAUGACAACGACGGACGCCUCACACAAGUGGUUCCCCGCUACGCUGCAUGUUCUUGUGAAGUAGGGAAAUUUGUAUGCGGCCUUACUUUGUGCGGAGCCUAUCCCGUUUAAGACAAAACAUCGACUGUCGCCACAGGCACGAGAAGCAUUCUUCUAGACUCGAAAAUGAUCUACCAAACAAGAUCUUCUCCAAGCUCUCAGCUUACGCCUCAGUAUAGACUAGUGGGAAAGAUAUGAUACGGUUGAGGUCGCUUUGGCAAGCCAUCCGUUAGGUGACAUGAUUCGUUUUGACAAUAAAACAAAGUAUCUAUAUCUAUAGCAGAUCCAGUGACCUGCAGCUGUACUUUGUUGGCUGGUCAAUAUGGUGACUCACACUAGUUUCAGGUGAUCUGGUCACUCAUUGAAUGGCUGGUCUAAUCAUUGUUGGGACAGUUGUUAAUCCUGUGCCUUGGCCUUGAGUUCAUUCAUGGUUGCAACAGGCUCGUACACUGCCUUUGGUUCUCCGCGUCUGCAGCUCACCAAAACCACGAGGGCAACCAAAGUCAACAUCAUUCCCACAGCCACACCCAUAAGAAGGGGCAAAUGCUCCUCUAGUCGAAAAACAUAAUCUGGAGGUCCAAUAAAGAGAGUAGACAUCAUGCCAGUAUCUUCGUGGGCCAGAAAGUGACAACUGUGGGGUGGCGAACAAAGCUGUGAGACAAGAUCUACAAGGGUGCUUCCUAACCAACCACAGUACAUUAGUUCAGUACUUACUGAAAGACUGUCUUGCCAGUAUAAUUCUUGUAUUGAACCCAGAUCCUAGCUCGGCCAUUGGGAGGGAUAACAACUGUAUCCCUCCAAACACUAGGUUCAAAUUCCAUGACAUGCUUCAAGACUGGAUAGGUUUCAGUAGACAAUUCUGAUCCCAUCUCUUGGACUUGAAAUCGAUUGACAUGAAUAUGAAAGGGAUGC